ACCACAUACACACGGUGUAAUUACAGACGCAACCCAAAUAACUUACUCUCUCUGUUCUGUCUUCGGUGUGGCUAUUCUCAGCAGAGGAGGAGGAGGAUUGGUUCAGUUUCUGGGUCAGUUGAGUGUCAACCUCUCCACUGUCUCGCUCCAGCACACAGGACACCUGCCACCUCACCUGCAGCAAGUCUCACUCUAGAUUCAUCAUAUUCCAAUAGCAAAGGGACCUCCCCCUCAUCCUCUCCAUGAGUUGAGGUGAUGCUCCAGGAAGGAGGACUGUUGAUGCCAUGAGACCGCCAUGUUUGGCCUCCCAGGGAGAGGUCAGAGAGGUCACC